AGACCAUCCAUAACAGAGACCCAGUGGGCUGGCUGCUUCCGCGGAGAACUUGUGAGAACCGAGGUGCUUCACCACGACAGAAACUGCGCAAACCACGGCAUAAUGUUGAGGUCGCGUGCGAAAUUUGCAGCCGGAGCAGUCGUUUGUGUGGAGAGUGAAAUCAGAGGCGAUGUGACAAUAGGUGCAAGGACUGUGGUUCAUCCCAAGGCACGUAUUAUAGCAGAAGCAGGACCUAUAGUCAUUGGCGAGGGGAAUCUGAUUGAGGAGCAAGCCCUUAUUAUUAACAGCUAUCCUGAAAACAUCAUGCCUGACUCAGAAGAUGUGGAGCCCAAGACGAUGACAAUUGGAAUCAACAAUGUGUUUGAAGUCGGCUGCGUUUCCCAAGCCCUGAAAAUUGGGGACAACAAUGUCAUUGAAUCUAAAGCGGACGUGGGCAGGAAUGUGAUCCUCACCAGCGGCUGUAUCCUCGGCGCAUGUUGCCAGUUGAACACGUGUGAGGUGAUCCCAGAGAACACGGUCAUCUACGGGUCCGGCUGCAUGCGGAGGAUUCAGACGGAGAGGCCACAGCCUCAGACCCUUCAGCUCGACUUCCUGAUGAAGAUCUUGCCCAAUUACCAUCACCUGAAGAAGACUGUCAAGAGCUCAUCCACCCCUGCCAGAAGCUAGCUUCAUGUGUUUAAGAAAUCCAGAGUUGCAAAUCUGAGUAGCUGCGCUAACUUGCUAACUUGCUAUCCUAACUUGAGCUAAGUUAAAGUAUAUUUCACUGCAUUGUUAUGAAUGCUAUUUAUAUUUGUCUAAAGAUUGUUUGUUAAAAUAAUUAAUUUACUUUUAUUUUCUGAUUUUGUAUUUGCUGAUGUCUUUCCAAGUAUUAAAUCAUUUUUUGUCUGAUUUUAUCACAAGUGUCCUUGCCUGUGGGGAUAAUGUAGUUAAUAACAGGAAUGUCGUAGCAAACGGGCUAAAAAAUACUAAAAUACUAAAAUCAGCAGUAGUAUGUGUAAUGGUGUCUCUAUAGCUGAUGUAGUUGACCGAAGAAAGACCAAGGCUAGAACUUAAUACACAGGGAACACACACAUAUGGAUAACCAAUGCAUCCUCUGCUGUGCUUGCAAUAAAUAAUUCCUGCAAUAAA